UUCUGUAUUUCCGCAGUAAUUUUGCGACAUGCUGUUUUUUCCGUAACACACUACAGUUUCCCGUGUUACACGUGGUUCUUAUCCUAGGUGACCAAGUUAAAAUUAUACUAGAAUAAUUGAUUGUUUUCUAAUCGUGAGAAUAAUAAAGUAAAGAAAAAGAAAAUCAAAUGGAAAAAGAAAUCAAUCAAGCAGAAAGUGACACAAUAAAAAAAGAAAAUGAAAUUGGUAAUAGUGAGCUGAAUGUCAAGAAAGAAAGAGAAAUGGAUCCAAAUGAGCUUGAAAUAAAAAAAGAGUAUUUGCUGAGCAUCAGAGAACGAGUAUUGUGUACAGAAUUACUGUCUGAAAAGGAUCGUGUAUUGAUUGAUGGCUCAGAAAAGUCUAAUGAAAAUGUAGCUGACGCAAUCCAAAAAGGAGAUUUGAAAUCUAUGUCAGUCAAAUUAAAGGGCCAGAACAAAAAUCGUCCACCUCCAAUGAAAUUUGAUAUUACUGAUAGAAUAUGCCCAUCCUUAGUAGAUGUGGCUGUGGAUGAAGAGCCAUCAGCUUGCCCUUACAAUCCCAAUUGUCGUUAUAGGCAUGAUAUUGUAGAGUAUAUGAAAGAAAGAAAGCCUGAUUUAUUACCUGGAGGAUGCCCAAAUUACCAAAAUAGUGGUAGAUGUUCAAGGGGCAUCAGCUGUCUUUUUGGUGAAGAACAUGUAACACCUGAAGGAAGAAAUAAGAAGAACCCUAAUCCAACCUCUCCUGGUUCAGAGUACUACAAUUUCUUAUCAAAGGAUCUCCAAAAGUCUCUGAGGAAGAAAACAUAUAACUUUAAAAAAGCAGAGAACAUUGUAAAGAAGAACAACAAGAACCAAUGUAAGGAAGAAGUCACUGAAAAUGGAAAAGGAAUAGUUGACAAAGCAGAAGCAGAACUUGUACAUGAAGAGCCAGCUGCAAAGAAAACAAAAGUAGAAAUAGGACCAAUUACUGAUGAAGAUAUGAUCCGUUUGAAACCUGAUGAGAAGAAAAAGAUUGACUGGAAGGGCAAGUUGUACUUGGCGCCCUUGACUACAGUGGGAAAUUUACCUUUUAGAAGAUUAUGUAAAAAGCUUGGAGCUGAUAUUACUUGUGGCGAAAUGGCCAUGGCAGAGUCUCUGGUCGGAGGUGGCCAACAAGAAUGGGCUCUGGUGCGCAAACACAAGUCGGAGGACCUUUUUGGAGUUCAGAUCUGUGGCGCAAAUCCCUAUAUUCUUGGUAAAUGUAGCCAACUACUCGAAGAGAACACCGAAGUUGAUUUCAUUGACCUCAAUCUUGGCUGCCCAAUUGACAUGGUUUACCAAAAGGGUGCAGGCAGUGGCCUAAUGCGUAGACGUGGGCCAUUGGAAUCCUCGAUAAAAACCAUGUCGCAACUACUUAAAAUUCCUUUCACUGUAAAAAUGCGUAUGGGCGUUUAUACAGACCAUCCAAUCGCCCAUCAGUUGGUAGAAAAAUGCCGAGAUUGGGGAGUCUCUAUGUGUACUGUGCACGGAAGGUCUCGCGAGCAACGGUACACCCGUCUGGCCGACUGGGAUUACGUCCGGAAUUGCGUCAAAGCUGCAGACCCCAUGCCCAUAUUUGGAAACGGCGAUUUAAUGUCCUAUGAAGACUACGAAAGAGUAGUGGAACAGAGCGGUGUUGCAGGCGUAAUGAUUGCUCGUGGGGCGUUGAUCAAACCGUGGAUUUUCACCGAGAUCAAGGAGCGAAGACAUUGGGAUAUUAGCUCUAGCGAACGAUUUCAGUAUAUGAAAGAUUUCUGCAAUUUUGGACUUGAACAUUGGGGAUCCGAUUCACAGGGUGUUGAGAGGACGCGUCGGUUCCUUCUCGAGUGGCAAUCAUUUGCCCAUCGUUAUGUGCCCGUUGGUUUACUUGAAAGGCCACCUCAGAAAAUGAAUCUACGUCCACCACCUUUCCGAGGUCGUGACGACCUCGAAACGCUGUUAGGCUCGCCCAACGCUGGCGAUUGGGUUCGGAUUUGCGAAAUGUUCCUUGGUCCCGCACCCGACGGGUUCCAAUUCCUGCCCAAACAUAAAGCCAAUUCAUGGAAGUGAGCAAACAUGGACAGUCGGUAUCCACUCGGAAUGCAUUAUUGCUAGUCGAGGCAAGUACUAACGAGGAAUAAAAAAACCAGCCAGUACCAGCCAUUACCGGAUUUCAGCCAUCUUAUUGCACGACACCGCAGCCAUGGCCUUUAUCCUAAUCCUUCCAUAAAUCUCAUAAGUGACACCAAUAAAAUAAUAAUAAUAAAAAAA